GUUUUCUUUCAUCCAGGUGAAAUAGAUCGAUGUCUGAAAAAAGUCGGGGAAGGAGUUGAACAGUUUGAAGACAUUUGGCAAAAGCUUCACAAUGCAGCAAACGCCAACCAGAAGGAGAAAUAUGAGGCGGACCUCAAGAAAGAGAUUAAAAAGCUCCAGCGUCUUCGAGACCAGAUCAAGACGUGGGUGGCCUCCAACGAGAUCAAAGACAAAAGGCAGCUCGUCGAGAAUCGCAAACUCAUAGAAACGCAAAUGGAGCGCUUCAAGAUCGUGGAGAGAGAAACGAAGACCAAAGCCUACUCUAAAGAAGGACUGGGUCUGGCACAGAAGGUGGACCCUGCCCAGAAGGAGAAGGAGGAGGUCGGGAUGUGGCUGACGAACAUGAUCGACACGUUAAACAUGCAGGUGGACCAGUUUGAGAGCGAAGUGGAGUCUUUGUCGGUCCAGACGAGAAAAAAGAAAGGGGACAAAGAGAAGCAGGACCGGAUUGAGGAGCUGAAGAAGUUCAUCGAGAAGCAUCGACACCACAUCAGGAUGCUGGAGACGAUACUGAGGAUGCUGGACAACGACUCAGUGCAGGUGGACGCCAUCAGGAAGAUCAAGGAUGACGUGGAGUAUUAUGUGGACUCGUCGCAGGAUAUGGACUUCGAAGAGAACGAGUUCCUCUACGACGACCUGAAUCUGGAGGAAAUUCCUCAGGCGCUGAUGGCCACGUCACCGCCAGGACACUCGCACUUAGAGGACGAGAUCUUCCAGCACUCCAGCAGCACGCCCACCUCCACCACCUCGUCCUCGCCCAUCCCCCCCUCACCGGCCACGUGCACUACGGAGAACUCAGAGGACGAUAAGAAGAGAGGACGUUCGACUGACAGUGAAGUGAGUCAGUCGCCCGUGAAGAACGGAAACCCGUCCUCCUCGCUGUCCUCUUCCUCCUCCUCCUCAUCCUCCUCGUCCUCCUCGUCCUCGUCCUCCUCCUCUGUCUCAGGACUGACCGCAUCCUCGCUGGUCUCUAUGGCGACCAUCGCUGCGGGCGGCGGCGGCUCCGGUGGGAACAGUCACCACGGCAGCUCGGGGGGUUUGCUCUCCAACAUCUCCGCCGGCAGCUACAGCAACGCCACGCAGCAGCCGCCGCACCCGUCAACACAGCAGCAGCAACAGGCCAAAAACUCACUUGGCUCCUCCUCAUUGCCCAUCCCCAUCGCCACCAUCAACAGCCACCCCGCCCCCUUGGCCUCCUCUCCCCCCAACGCCAUCACUCAGGGGCCCCUGAUGUCAAACUCCCAGCCUCAGGCUCCGUUGGGGCCCCCGCCGACCUCCAACAGCUUCGGGCUGGGUCUGGGUCUGUCGCUGGGGAAAGGCGGCAUGUCCGGCUCCAUGGCCACCAGCCCGUUGUCUGGUAGUCUGGGUCUCUCGGGGAUGCCGGCGUCCCUGAGCUCCAUGGCCAGCCUUCUGUCCAGCUCCACCCCGGCACCGUACGCUCAGGCGGCCGCCGUGGGCACCGUCGGCUCAGGGUUGCCGGGCUCUCUGGGCGGCAUCUGCACCACCACCUCCAACAGCGCGGUGGGGUCCAUCGGCAGCGGGUGCGUUACAGUCGGCGGCCCGACGUCCUCGUCGGCCGGACUGCUGGGCUCGUCGGUGGGGAUGGGAACCAUCGGCUCUGGGAUUCUGGGUCUGGGCUCGAGCCAGUCGCUGGUGCAGAGUUCUUCUCUGAUGUCGCCGGGUCCGGUGGGAGGCCUCGCUCCAGGGAGUGGACUGGGAGUCAUCGGGAGCAACGGGGGCAGCUCGGGAUCGUCGGGGAGCGGAGUCAUCGGAGGAAACUCGUCGCUCUCCGUCCGACCGCCGAGUCAGCAGAAGCAGAACGGUAGCACCAGUUACAGUGCCGUGGUCGCUGACGCCACAAUAGAAUCCAUCCUCAGCAGCAGCCAAUCACUGAGCAGCCAACCAUCGUCUUUGACCUCCAUAGCCAAUCAGCCUGUUUCUUCCUCUCUUCUCGGUCUCUUUCCCAGUAAGGACACUGGUCCCAGUUUACUGGGCUCUUUAACUCUGUCGUCGAGCGCUCUGUCCCCGGCGUCUUACAGCGAGGCUAAAACUGCAAACAUCAGCAUCAGCAGCAGCAGCAGUAACAGCCUGCUGAACGGACCAAUGUCCUACUCCACUAUGUCCUCUGACAGCAUCAAGCCCCAGGAGCCUCUGAGCAGCCUCAAGUCCAUGGCUGAGCGAGCAGCACUCAGCUCAGGGAUGGAGGGAGACCUGCCCUCACUGCACCUCACCGCAGACAUCUUCCCCAGUAGCACCGUGGCCUCCUCCGUCUCCUCGUCAGCACCCCAGUCCUCGCUGUCAGAGGUCAGCAUCGCUCCGUCACUGGGCGUCUGCCCGCUGGGGCCGGUUCCCCUGUCCAAAGACCAGCUCUACCAACAGGCCAUGGAGGAGGCGGCGUGGACGCACAUGCCCCACCCGUCCGACUCGGAGAGGAUCAGGCAGUACCUGAUGAGGAACCCGUGUCCCACCCUGCCUUUCCACCACCAGGUGCCGCCACCUCACUCCGACACCGUGGAGUUCUACCAGAGACUCUCCACAGAGACGCUCUUCUUCAUCUUCUACUACCUGGAGGGCACCAAGGCUCAGUAUCUGGCAGCCAAAGCUCUGAAGAAACAGUCGUGGAGGUUUCACACAAAGUACAUGAUGUGGUUCCAGAGACAUGAAGAACCCAAGACCAUCACGGAUGAGUUUGAGCAGGGAACCUACAUUUACUUUGACUACGAGAAAUGGGGCCAGAGGAAGAAAGAGGGUUUCACGUUCGAGUACCGGUAUCUAGAAGACCGCGACCUCCAGUGACCUGUGGAGACAAACGCGGACAAACAGACAGAUGGACGCCAGAGAAGUGAGACGGGGGACAAGUGGACACACAGAAAGACAAACGAGCAGCUGAAGACGGGAGCGGUCCACUGGCUAACAUUUGACCUCAGCUCACCGAGGGACGGGAGCCAGACUCCUCCCUCCCUCUGACCUGACCUCUGCCUCGUCAUCCUCAGUGAUAAGCUCCUCCCACCACCUGCAUCAUCAGGAUCAGGUCCUUCUUUUUUUUUCCUGUCUUUUCCUGAAACUGGAGCUUUCUUUUCACACAAUACGAGGACUUUUAUUUUGUAGUUGUCCACCUGACGCCACACGUUUCUUUGUUUUUGUUUUCAUUCCCCGCUCUGUUGUGUUGCUUUAAAAGCGGUUUCGCCCUGAAACAACCAAAGAUAAUGAACCGUUAAUCAUACAACAGUCACACACACACACACACACACACACAGAGAAAGAGAGGAAACUUUAACCAUGACUCAGCGUCUCAGGCUGUGGGCGGAGACCGAUGCAGCGGUGAGGAGGAGGAGUUAUUUUGAUUCCUCUUUCCUUAAUAAAAUAAUAAACACUUUAUUAGGUACACCUGGCUAACAUGGCUGCCACUGGAGACUCGAGGAGAAAUACAUUGUAGCCAGACUCCUCUACGUCUACGAUACGUUAAGAACACGUUCACGUCUUUAUCUCAGUGUCAGGCGGACUCUUCACACAGGAAACUGACGUUUGUAAACCACUCCCACACCAAAGCCCAUAGAGAACAAGAACUAUUUUACAUCACAGCCUCACAGGAGUUGUUGAUGCACUGCGGCCUCCAUCGCUAAGUUCAAAUGUGUUAUUUGUAUUAUUUCUGUGUUUGAAAGACUUCACUAACAUUUACCCAAGUGACACAAAGUCACCACACGAGGCAGCAGAGGACCAGCAGCUAAAAUGACUGAUUUUCUCUGUGGGCUUUGGUGUGUGAGAGUGAGUGGUUUACAGACUUCAGUUUCCUGUUGGAAAGGUUUGUCUCACAGUGAGAUAAAGACGUGAACGUGUUCUUAAGACGCCGUAGACUCAAACUGACGUAGAUUUUAUGAGCCGAGUCUUUUAAGAAGUGGCUCAAAUGUUUUUUUUUCCUGGUUCCUCAGGCUUUAAAAACCCCAACACUACCACGACUGUCUCACUCUCUCUCUCUCUCGCACGCACACACGCACACACACACACACACUUCACCAUCCUGUGUUCUGUGUGAAGUGGCUUCAGAGUGGCUGUUUCAUUUUUGUGAGUCUGCGCUCUAUAAAUAAUCGAGCCCCGCCUCCUCCUCACAUCAUCAUCAUCAUCACAGCCACAGCCGCCGAGGUGUUGGUAGUAACGUUGUAACCUGGUGGGCAGCGUUAAUGUCAGUUUCACCACACACACACACACACACACACAAACAAGAGGACAAUUUAACAACAACAUGAUGAAGACGUAGAAGAACGAGGUCAAAGGUCAGACGUCUGGCAACUAAAUAAGAGAGAAAUCAUGAUGGUUUGAAAUGUUAGGACGUCAAAGAAGUUUCUUCUUUUUUUUAAAGGUGAAAAGUAUUCGUUUUGAUCGCGCUUACGUACAAAAACGACGCAAAGCCGCGAAUUCCAGCUUCGAUCGGAACAGGAAACGGAAAUCGUGGAAAUGAAAUAACACGACUUUUCACCAAAAAAUUGAAAAUUAUUUCUUCAUUCUCCUUCCUUCCUUUCCUUAACUUUCUUCCCUGCUUCCUUUGUCGUCAUCAUCAAACUGAUACCAGCACUGACACACACACACAAACAGACGCACAACUGACAGUUGUCUUUUCCCGCGUUUCGCUGGCGUUUUCUUCUCGCUGUUUCUCUUCUUCUUCUCGCGUCAGGUAAAUGUUUCCGUUGUUUCUCAGGAAGUAUUUGAUCAUUUAAUGAGGAAAUGUAAUCGUUGUCAUCAGCAGCUGCAGUAACAGCACAACAACAACAACAACGACGACGGCCGACAAAAAUCACGCUUUCAUCCCUCGCUUCACGCGCGUUGUUUCAUUUCACAAAAAUCACUGUUUUUUUUCUUUGUUUGUUUCUUUGUUUUUUUAAGAAAAAGAAAUAAAACAGAAAAAUAACACAUUUUUAUCCUCCAAUGUUUGGAGCAGCAACAGAGACCAUCUUUAUUAUUAUAUUUUGUAUUUUUUUGGACUUGUCUGUGGUUGUUUGUACUGGUUUGUUUUUGGGAAAGUGUUUUAAAACCCGAGGAGAACGAGGAUUUUAUAAA